AUGGGCGCUUUAUGGGCGCCGGCGCUAAACUGCUGUGCACCAUGUUUGGCCCCGCUUGGCCUGGGAAAGCCUGGGAGUAACACGCUUCCCUGGAGGGCGCCGACAUCGCCGAGCGUGACGGUUGCAUUGCGACUACAGUGUUUGAAAUUUCUGUUCAACAUCAAACUGCAAGGAGAAGCGUCAAACUAA